GUUUGUAACAGUUAUUUUAAACAGGUUUAAAUGUUCAUAAAACGACAAAUGCGGAAAUGUUAAGUUGGCUAACAUUUAUCCAAUUUCAAAUACUGUUCUUGGCUUUAGAAAUGCACGCGCAAAGUGCACUCGAUACUCUUGAGAUAGUCAAUUACCAAACAACCAAAUACACACUUGCGGAGCAUUGGGCACAAGAGGAGGCAAAUGAAGAUAAUGAUGCCAAACUUGAGGAAAGUCUACUGAAAUUCGGCAAUGGUGAUGAAGAGCCGUCCAAUAGCAGAAAGCAAACACUGUUUGAGGGCGCGUUCUGCAGACGCAGCUUCGAUGGACGUAGCGGCUAUUGCAUCUUAGCGUAUCAGUGUCUGCACGUCAUACGGGAAUAUCGUGUGCACGGCACUCGCAUUGAUAUCUGCACGCAUCGCAACAACUUGCCGGUCAUUUGUUGCCCACUGGCUGACAAGCAUGUCGAAGCGCAGCGCAUUAGUGCCACAAAAUGCCAGGAGUACAAUAGUGCAGCGAGAAGUUUGCGCCUUAGUGAUACGAAUCGCAUCUUUUCCGGCAAACAAUGCGUUCCCAGCGUUCCAUUGAUUGUAGGCGGAACUGUGACGCAUCAGGCGCUAUUUCCCCACAUGACGGCUCUCGGUUGGACUCAGGCUGAUAACGACAUCAAAUGGGGCUGCGGCGGCACACUGAUCAGUGAACUUUAUGUGCUAACGGCGGCACAUUGCGCAACAUCGGGUAGUAAACCACCGGACAUGGUGCGUCUGGGCGCACAACAAUUGAACGUCACCAGUCCUUGGCAACAGGACAUUAAAAUUCUCAUCAUCAUACUGCAUCCAAAAUAUCGGUCAUCAUCCUACUACCAUGACAUAGCACUACUUAAGCUUACCAAACGUGUCAAGUUGUCGGAGCGAGUGCGUCCCGCAUGUCUGUGGCAAGUGCCGGAUCUGCACAUUAAACUGGUGGUGGCCACGGGUUGGGGACGCACCGAGUUCCUGGGUGCUAAGUCGAAUGCUUUGCGUCAGGUGAAUUUAGAUAUGAUUAAGCAGCAGCGUUGCAAGCAAAUCUAUCGCAAGGAACGACGUCUCCCAAAUGGUAUCAUUGAUUCUCAGUUCUGUGCUGGAUAUUUGUCCGGUGGUAAGGACACGUGUCAGGGCGACUCUGGCGGCCCGUUGCAUGCGGUGUUGCCCGAGAACAACUGUGUGGCAUUCGUCGUGGGGAUAACAUCGUUUGGAAAAUUCUGUGCGGCGCCAAAUGCGCCAGGUGUUUACACCAAGCUGUACUCGUAUUUGGAUUGGGUUGAGAAGAUUGUAUUUAAAAAGCAUUAACAUCUAGCGUACAACAACUGGGAUCUGACCUCGCAUUGAUAAUGUCUAAUAAUAAGCGAUUUCUACUGUACAAGUAAGUAUUUUGUGAAACAAAUAACAUAUUCUUGAAACUAGCAUAAGCAUAUUCCUAUGGCACAAUAUUCCAUGGUGUGUAGGUGCCCGCUUCUGGCAUCUUAAGCUGCAAAUAUUAAAAGUACUUAGUUAGAGCAUUUAUGAUCAUCUAAAUACACUUACCAUUUUGGUGAAUUUAUCCUGACAAGCCAUGCGUAUGCGUGCGGAGGUUGCAGGAGCCUCCAGUUCAUAGUGUGCGCUUAAAUUCUGCUCCGUUCGAGCUGCUGCAAUUGCCUCCUUGAUAGCAAAGAAUACGGAGCAACCAAUGAAAAGCGGAGGUUCACCAACAGCCUGACAAGUAAAACAAAGAUGAAUUAUAUAGAUUUAAGACUAUUUUACUUAAUUGCUGUACUUACCUUUGAGGAGUAAACCGCGCGUGGGUUUGGCGCAUUGGUCAGCAGACUGACAUUAAAUUCGCCGGGUAUAUCGGCAAAUCCGGGCAGCUUAUACAUGCCAGGACCGCGGGAGUAAAGCAUGCCUUGAGGCGAAUACAUCAGUUCUUCCAGUGUGAACAGUCCAUAGCCCUGCAUAAAGGCGCCCUCAAU